AUGGCUCGUCGCACAAACCGAUCGGUUCCCCAAGGAAGAAACGACAUGACUGAAGCAACCCAAGCCAUGAAUGCUAUGGCCGCAGCAAUGGCCCAACAAGCUGCGAUCCAGGCUCAACGAGAUGCACAGAGGGAUCAGAGGGAUGAAGCAGCCAGUGCAGCAAGAGCAUUGAAUGAAUUUCGUCGACAAGAUCCGCCUAAAUUCAAAGGGGAACAUGACCCCGACAAGGCUGAUCUUUGGCUGCAAGAAAUCGAGAAGAUCUUCGAGAUCUUACACUGCUCUGACAAUGCGAAAGUAGAGUAUGCAACCUAUUUGAUGAUUGGUGAAGCUGAAUACUGGUGGCGAGGUGCGAAGAAAAUGAUGGAGACAAAUCAUGAAGAGCUAACCUGGGAGGCUUUCAAGAAUAAGUUCCUAGAAAAAUACUUCCCGAAAAGUGCUAGGGCUGAGAAGGAGGCCCAAUUUCUGAAGUUGUAUCAAGGGAAUCUCACGAUAGCGGAAUAUGCGGCAAAGUUCGAGUCCCUAGCAAAGCACUUCCGCUAUUUCCUAAAUCAGAUAGAUGAAGAAUACAUGUGCGAGAGGUUUGAAAGUGGGCUUAGGUAUGAAAUUAAGGAGUUAGUGGGGCCCUUGGAGAUACGCCAAUAUCAAGUACUAGUGGAGAAAUGCAAGAAAGUGGAGCAGAUGAAACAGAGCCGUCUGAAUAGGGGUGUUGUAGGUGGACCCAUCAGACCUCAGGUAGAGAUUUAAAUCCAUCCAUAUCAUUAGAGUCAUAAGUUUGGCCUCUAAAUGUGAAUAUCUACCUCUAAAUGUUAAUAUUUGAAAACAGGGGCAUAACGACCAACAUAAUAGGGGCAAGCAGCAUCAACAAUACAAGCCAUAUGCCCGACCACUGGGGAAUGCUAGAGAUCAACCUCGACCUCAAAACGGGGAAGGUCAAGGGCCAAAAGUUCCAAGUCAGAACCAGGCGUACCCUGUUAAGUGUUUUCGCUGCAACAGAGAGGGACACAAGAUGUCUGAGUGUCCAAUCAGACCAAGGGUUUGUUACAUUUGUCAGAAACCAGACCAUUUUGCAAAUGAAUGCCCUGAACGGAAGGACGAUAGAGCUGUCAACCGCAACAAUAUCAACGACAAUGUUGUACGCCCUACUGCCAAGGGACGUGUCUACCACAUCAAUGGAGAGGAAACU